AUUUGUAUUUUACCCAAUCACGUAUAUCACAAAAACUGUUCUUGUGAGAACAAUAUUUAGACAAGCUCACUCGUUCACGACGCCAGUCCACAGACGCACGUCUUAAGAGCUUGGCGGACUUGAAAACAUAAAAAACAGAAAUAAUUUUUACCCGAGGAAAACGUAAAAUGAACACUGAACAUAAUCACCAGAAUAAUAACAAUAUUGCACAGAAAAAAAAUGAUGUAGAUGACAAAGAAAAUGAAAACGUACAACCUGUUCAAAAACCAUUAGAUGAGUUUAAAUCACACUAUCUGCAAAAUUUUGAACCAAUUUGUCGCCUAGGAAAAGGAGGUUUUGGGACUGUAUUUGAGGCUAGAAAUAAAUUAGAUGACUGCAAAUAUGCUAUUAAAAGGAUACCAAUUCCACAAAGACAAGAAUCUAGAGACUGUAUAUUACGAGAAGUUAAAGUAUUAGCAAAGUUAGAACAUCCAAAUAUUGUAAAGUAUUCCAAUGCUUGGUUUGAAGAACCUCCUAGAAGUUGGCAAGAAAAACAGGAUGAUAAUGGGAUGCCAAAAUCUGAUUGUAUGGGCACAUAUAGUAAUAUAACAACUAGUCCAUCACAAGUCACAGAAUCAUAUAGCGAUAUAAGUGAUUUAUCUUACAUCGUUUUUGGCAAUAAUAAUAAAGAUGAAAAACGAGGUAAAAGUUCAGACUACUUAAUUGAAGGUAGUAAACAACAGAAAUAUGAAUCUGAGUAUGAUACAACUAGCGACUCUCAUAGUGAACGAAAAGAAACAAUACGAUUCUUGUAUAUACAAAUGGAACUAUGUCAGAAAAAUAGUUUAAGAGAAAGGUUGAAUAAUGGUACUAUUAAUAGAGAUAUAAUGUAUAUUUUUGAUAUUUUUUGCCAAAUUAUACAAGGUGUUGAAUAUAUUCAUUCACAAGAAUUCAUACAUAGGGAUUUAAAGCCUUCAAAUAUAUUAUUUUCAUCAGAUGACCAAAUCAAAAUUGGCGAUUUUGGUUCAGUUACAAAAAUGAUAAGUUCUGAUAAAGUGACUGUAUAUGAUGAUUUACAAAAUGGUUUAAAAGAACAACACACUGAUCAAGUUGGUACUCAAUUGUAUAUGAGUCCAGAACAGAUACGUAAAGAGCCAUAUAAUUUUAAAGUAGAUAUAUAUUCUCUUGGAGUUAUAUUUUUUGAAAUGCUCAUUCCUUUCGCUACUGAAAUGGAGAGAUGCCAAACAUUACAGCAAAUUAGAAAUGGUACAUUUCCUGCUCAAUUUUUGAAAUUGUUUGAACUUAAGACUGAAAAAGAUUUGGUAUGCUUAAUGUUAUCGCAGGAUCCAGAAAAGCGCCCAACUACCACUAAUAUAAAAUGUAUAAUCCAAGUGUACUUGCAACGGUUCGACUUUCUCGUGUCGGACUCAUGUCCUUUCUAGACUGUAUGUAUUCAGAGGAUUGUCCAACAAUCAAACUAUCCGAAUUUUUUAGAAGCCAGAAUAAUUGAAUUUCAACAAAAUGCAUAAUAUAUGUUUACCUUAAUUCAUCCUUUAAAUCAGUGGUUCCCAACUCAACAUUAUGCAUGGGCCACUAUUAUAAAUUUCCUACUACCAUGGACCACUACUUAAUUAUACACUUCUCCCACCCCUACCACUUAUUUCUUUAUAAUUUAUACAUACAUUACAAAAUCUGCAAUACUGCAAAUGCUCUGGAAAAAUAUUUUAAUUUACUCAUUUAAAAAAAA